AUGGAUUUAAAUAAAACGGUGCUGUGCGAGAGCCUGAUUAUUUGGCUUUUGGCUCAAAAGAUCACAGAUUUCCCUCUGCCUGAUCUGGCGCGUGUGGUAGAGCAGUUUGAUCAAGUAGAGCUGGGACGCCUCCUACAGCUCAUCCUGGGGUGUGCAGUCAAAUGUGACAGGAAACAAGAGUAUAUCCAGAUAAUCAUGACCUUGGAGGAAUCUGUACAGCAUGUGGUGAUGACUGCUAUUCAGGAGCUUAUGAGCAAGGAGACUGUGUCUCAGUUAGGAACAGAACAUCUUGGAGAUGUUGAACAGUUAAAAAAAGCCUUGGAGGAUCUGACUGAAGUCAUGGCAGAGAAAGAAGAGCUGGCACAGCGCUGUCAGGAGCUCGACAUGCAGGUGACAAUGCUACAGGAGGAAAGGAACAGCCUCCUGGCAGAAAAUGAUGUCUUGACUGAUCGAUCCAGUCAGCUUGAUACUUUUGAAAACCCCAGCACUCCAUCAGGGAGGAAGCACAGCCAACUACAACUACAGCUAGAGCAGCUUCAGGAGGAGAACUUCAGACUCGAGGCAGCUAAAGAUGAUUACCGCAUCCACUGUGAAGAGCUGGAGAAACAACUAGUGGAGCGUCAGCAUCGUAAUGAUGAACUGACCAGCCUGGCUGAGGAGUCGCGAUCGCUUAAAGAUGAAUUAGACAUAUUAAGGAGCUGCUCUGACCGGGCAGUCAAGCUAGAGGCCUCUGUUGAGACGUACAGGAAGAAGUUAGAAGAUCUAAGUGACCUCAGACGGCAAGUGAAAGUUCUGGAGGAGAAGAAUAUGACCUAUAUGCAUAACACAGUCAGCCUUGAAGAGGAGCUACGCAAGGCUAAUGCUGCAAGAACUCAAUUAGAGACAUACAAGAGACAGGGUCAGGAGCUCCACAGGAAACUGUCUGAUGAGUCCCGUAGGGCUGAUAACCUGGCGUUCGAGAUGAAGAAAUUUCAGGAGAAAUAUGAUGCUUUACUAAAGGAGAAGGAGAGGAUCAGCAUUGAGAAGGACACUCUCAGAGAGAUUAAUGAAGAGCUGCGAUGCACACAGGCCCAACAGGACCAGCUAUUACAAGCAGGAAAGUAUCAAACAGGAAGUCCAAGCCAUGAUAACCUGGCAGCUGAGAUGUUGCCCAUUGAGUACAGGGAGAAGUUCAUCCGUCUGCAGCAUGAGAACAAGAUGUUGCGGCUGCAGCAGGAGGAGUCAGAGAACGAGCGCAUAACUGAGCUGCAGGAGCAGCUGGAGGAGGCCCGGCGCGGACGCAGCCAACUGGACACUGAGAACAGGUUAAACAGAGAAAGAAUUAGUGAGCUCCAGCAGCAGGUAGAGGAUCUCCAGAAGGCCUUGCAGACACAAGGAGCCAAACCUGAAGAUUCUCAUUUGAAGAGGAAGCUGGAUGCUCAUAUGGUGCAACUGAAUAAGGCACAAGAUGAAAUCAUGAAGAAGAAAGAGCUGCUGGAGGACCUUCAGCCAGACGCUACUCAAACCAGUGUGAAGAUGGAUGAGCUGAUGGCAGCGCUGAAAAAGAAAGAUGAAGACAUGAGGGCGAUGGAGGAACGAUACAAGAUGUACCUGGAGAAAGCCCGUGAUGUACUCACAUUAAAUUCAGCUCUGAAAUACAUAGCCUAUUUUGCCACUGACUGUCUUAUGCUCUGGUCUGUGUUACAAUUUUGUAGCCAUUUCAAAGUCCUUGAUAUUUUCAUGUUACCGAAUCAUGUAAAAUUAGGAGGAACUGAUCAAAAUUGUAUGUAGUCUGUCAUAUUCUGUACGUCAGGUAACUACAGGUUUAAUCAGUCAAUAUAUGCGUUCUUGCAUUAUUUAAAGCUCUUUUACAAGCUCCGUUAUAUCAAA